AUGGGAUUUCUCUCCAUGCGCUUCGGUGAAUACAAUCUCACAGUUGAAUACUACAGGGCACCUUUCCUGGUAUUCACUGGUCGCCCACCUCAGAAUUCACCAGCUGGCAUCAAAAUGACCCAUGAGUUUCUAUAUUUAUUUCUCACAACAACGUUAAGCUGCGUGAAAGAAAAUGACUACUUGGUAUAUGCAGGGGUUACCAUUUUGGGGACGGAGAACAUUACAGGUAAUAAUCUUGGCGCAAUUCCAGCUAGGAAGUGUAGACCCGGAUUAACAUACAAUCCAGAUUACACGUUGGGGAAUGGUACGUGGGAUGACGGGGGUCAAUGUGCUGUGGCUAGACAACAAGAGACAACAUACACAAUGCUGGAACCUGAGCCAGGGCAUAACCAAAUCAUUUCUACUGUAAUCAAAGAGAUGGAUUAUGGAGACAGGAAGGUUCAGUUCUUAAACAUUACGCAUUUUUCGCAGUUCAGGUAUGAUGGUCACCCUUCUCACCAUCUUGAGCCAGGCACGCCUGUUGGUGCUCCACAGGACUGCAGUCAUUGGUGCCUACCAGGAAUACCGGACAUAUGGAAUGAAAUUUUAUAUGCUAAUUUACUGUCAAUGGGAUUCAGAACCAAGUGA